UUUUUCUCCCACUGCGCCUGCGCAGACCAAAUCCAAGAUGGCGGCGCGUCUCUUUCUGAGGAGAAUCCGCGGCUGCGCCAACGGGGAAAUUUCCGUCUCUUCCGACCGGAAAUGAACGGGAAGAGGUUGGGGAAGCAGGACUGAGAAGGAAGAAGAGAAAGAGCGCGGAAAGGAAGGGAAAGAUGUCGGUGGACUACGCGGCGGGCCUGUCGCCCUACUCGGACAAAGGCGUGUGCGGCCUACCGGAGUCCUUUGACCCUCCAGAGGAGCUGGAGGAGAAGGUCUCUCGCCUGGCGGACCUGAUCCGGGAGGCUUCCAACGUCGUCUUCCACACCGGAGCCGGGAUCAGCACCUCCUCGGGGAUCCCAGACUUCCGAGGCCCCAACGGGGUCUGGACCCUGGAGGAGCGUGGCCAGCCGGCCAAGUUCGACACCACCUUUGAGGAGGCGCGUCCUUCCCCGACCCACAUGGCGCUGCUGGGCCUCCACCGGGCCGGCCUGCUCCACUUCCUGGUCAGCCAGAACGUGGACGGCCUUCACGUCCGCUCCGGCUUCCCCAGGGACAAACUGGCCGAGCUGCACGGGAACAUGUUCGUGGAGGAAUGCAUGAAGUGCGGCAAUGUCCUUCCCCCUUUUGCAUCCGGCAGGCAGUACGUGAGGGAGACGGUGGUGGGGACGAUGGGCCUGAAGCCGACGGGGAGGCUGUGCGACGUCUCCAAGCGCCGAGGGCUCCGCGCCUGCAGAGGGAAGCUGAUGGACACCAUCUUGGACUGGGAAGAUUCCCUGCCUGACCGGGACCUCCUCCUCGCCAGCAAGGCCAGCAGGAAGGCCGACCUGUCCGUCACCCUGGGGACCUCCUUGCAGAUCAAGCCCAGCGGGGACCUGCCGCUCCUGACCAAGCGCAAGGGUGGCCGGCUGGUCAUCGUCAACCUCCAGCCCACCAAAUACGACAAGCAGGCCGACCUGCGCAUCCAUGCAUAUGUGGAUGUGGUCAUGACGAAGCUGAUGGGGCGGCUGGGCCUGGACAUCCCCGAGUGGACCAAGCCCGACCCCGACCCCCGGCCGUGCCCCAAAGAGGAGAAGGCUCCACGCUACAACGGCGCCGCCGCUCUCUGCAAACAGGAGCCGUGCACCCCGGACGCCAAGCGGUUCAAGCUGGAGCCGCUCCCUUCCUGACGGACACUCCACUCUUCCCUCCUUCCCACCAUCCGCCCGC